AAAACCUCAAACUUCUCGCGGACGUUUUAUUUCUGACAGUCCCAUGCGCAUUUACGUCGUUAUGGACUGUUCGUAAUAAAGAAUGAACAAGGAAGAAACAGAAAAAAGAUAAUUAGGAGACUUCUGUAUUGCUGAGUUUGAAGAAUGGCUGUCGGAAAACGGGCGUGGGGGAUUCAGAUCGCGCUCCUCUUCGUGACGCUCGCCCGCGCCAACGCCUCUGCGGGGCGGAAUUUCCCGACGGAAUGGAGGAAGAUUUCUGAGAUUCGAACACUUCGUCCAGUCAACGAGACAACGUUGGAAAUUCUCGAAGCUAUGCAGGAGAAUGUGCACAAAAUACAAGUUAUUGUGAACAAACGGCGCAUUAGCAUAUACCUGAAUGACCAAGAGGUCUACGAGAAAAGCGGGAGGGUCGGCGCAGCUGCGAGGACCCACUCCGGCGUGCACGUGGUGGCGCUGCACCCCCUCCGCGGCCACGUGAUGCUCGCCAGGCAGUUCCUCACGCACCAGCCCGCCGAACACAGGAACCUGGCGGCGUGCCUCGACUCCCUCAUGCCGGGCAACAUCCUCAUUGCGGCUGCGGUGCCCGACGCGGUCAUGUUCCUGGGCCCCGACGCCGUGGCCCGCCUGGAGGAGAUGGGCGCCUCCAGGAUCCGCCAUCUCGCCCGGCACGAAACCUGGGUCAUGGUGGCCCACACGCCCGUCCGCGCCCCAACGCCUCCUCGCUACCGCUAUCCUGUACUUCAACCGAACGUAACGGUUCCAGCGAAGCCGCUGGGGAGGGUGUGGGGGGAGAGCGUGGCUGUGCGGUCGCUGGAGAGGGAGGGAACUUCUGCCUUCGUCGACUUCGGCGCCUUCGUCCCCAAAUUCCCAGCUGCGCAGUGCGACUGGCACCAGGAGGAAACCCUGAAGGAUCAGAGGGCGUUCUGUGAUCGUUACGACGGCUACUUCCGCCUCUGCAAGUGCCAGGACCCGCUCACCCCCGCCCUUAGGCACUCCGCAGAAAAGAUAGAGAUUCGAGAAGUCAUUCCCCUGGCGAUGCUGACGGCCGUCAAGCCCUUCAACUUUUACAGGCAGCUUCUGAAUGUCCUGGAAACCCCCGGAGCCGCGCAGACGCCCAUCCUGGUCCUCGUGGACGGCUUCCAGAGAGAGAUCAUCAGCCUAACGAAGCUCUUCGGGUUGGACGUCUUGGUGCACAGGCCUCAGGGAGAGAAGGGCUCGUCAACUCUCCUCAACAUGCACUUCCGGUUCUCCGUGCACAAUGUCUUCAAUUUCUUCCCGGGAGCGAAAAAGGCCAUCAUCUUGGAGGACGACUUGCUGCUCUCGCCUGACUUCUUAUCGUUCUUCCAGCAGACGGCGUGGCUGCUGGACGAAGACCCGACCAUCGCGUCCGUGAAUGCUUUCUCCAUCAACAGCUUCCCCGAAGUGGCCUCCGACCCGACCGUCCUGAGGAGAGUGGAGCUCGUCCCGCAGUUCGGCUGGCUCGUCCGGCGGAAGUGGGCCGAGGAGGUCUACGAGGCGUGGGUACCCGAGGGGGAGACGGCCGACUGGGACUGGUGGCUCUUCAAGGAAGUCCCGCGGAAGCAGAGGGACACGCUGGUUCCUGAGGUGAGCCGAGUCAUCCACGCCGGGUCCUCAGGGGCUCACGUCACGGGCUACGCGCAGGAAAACACCUUUAAUCACAUGGUUUACAACGAGGAUCCAUACGUGACGCUUGAGAACCUCGAAGAUCUGACCAAGGAACGCUACGAAUACCUAAUCCGACAAGAGAUACUCCGUGCUGUCACCCUGACCUUGACUUCAUCGCCCUGUGAUGGACCCAUGCUCCCCGAAGAGCAGCCCGGUCCAUUUAAGCUUUUCGUAGAAAUCGAGACGAAAAAUGAUGAAUACGAGAGUUUCUAUGUCAUGCAAGCGUGCUUGCGCGCCUACCCCGAAGAGGCCCGUGAGGUGUUCCGGGGGGUCCUGCGCUACAACCUCCAGGGCCGCCUUCUCUACGUCGUGGGCUGCCCCCUCUCUCCCUACUGCUCGAUGUUUUCCGACGGCUACCGCUUCCUGAGGCCUUCCCCGUGGCUGGUGGACUCGGCGAGCCAGCGUCGCGCGCGAGUGGCAGACCAGGAACUACCCGCCGUACUUCGUGGAGCGCCGUCGACCCGUUUCGCCCGAGGAAGAAUUUCGGAUGGAGAACCUGAUCUACUUUUAUCGGAAGGGGAAGGGCGCGGACAGGAAGUCUGCGUGAAAGGAGGGUACUUUCGAUAAGAGUGACCUUGCAAGGGUUGAGCAUAGUGUUAGCCAGUUGAAGUAUUGUGAAUAUAUAUACAACAACACGCAGACGCACAC